AUGCACGCAGGAGCACGACAUUCGACUCAGAGGCCGGGCGGAGCCUGGCGAUGCAGGAAAAGGCGACGGCUACGGCCCGGCAGACGUCACUGCUGGCCCUGGCGCAAGUCACGGCGCUUGCGCGGCUCUGCGCCCCGCCCCGCCCCGAGUGCAGGGGGCGGGGCAGCGAGGGGCGUGACCGAGGGCGUGACCGAGGGGGCGGGCCGGGCCGCGGAACCUGCGCGGCGGGGGCCUGGCGAGCGGGGAAGCUGCGGACGCCCGGCGUGCGCGCACCGCGACUUCCGCCCUGCUGCGGUCCCCCGGAGCCGGGAGAGGCGUGCGCAGGCUUCGCGUCCGCGUGUCGUCCCCGCGCGUCCUCUCGGGCGCCCGCUCCCCGGCGUCCUGGCAGCUCGCGCCGUGACCGCCCAGGCUGGGGCCUGGCUGCUUCUCUGGGCGACGGGUGGGCUGGCCUGCACCCCCGCCUCGGCCUUUACCUCCGCCCGCCCCGACGCUGGCAUAAGGUCCACUUGUUCUGAAAUUACGUUGAGGCAAGAUGUUUUGAAAGAUGGUUUCCACAGAGAUCUUGUAAUAAAAGUGAAAUUUGGAGAAAGUAUUGAGGACUUACAGACUUGCCGACUCUUAAUUAAACAGCUCAUCCCAACAGGACUUUUUGUGGAUCCAUAUGAGUUGGCUUCCUUGCAAGAGAGAAACAUAACAGAGGCAGUAAUGGUGUCAGAAGACUUUAAUAUAGAAGCUCCCAACUAUUUAUCCAAGGAAUCUGAAGUUCUCAUUUAUGCUAGACAAGAUUCACAGUGUAUUGAUUGUUUCCAAGCUUUUUUGCCUUUGCAUUACCGCUAUCAUCGCCCACAUAGUAAAGAUGGAGAAACUUUUAUUGUAGUCAAGAAACCUGAUUUAUUGAUGUAUUGUGACCAAGAGUUUCCAAUUUUGAAAUGCUGGUCUCAGUCAGAGGUGGCAGCUCCUUGUGCUUUGAAGAGUAAGGAUAUCUGCCAGUGGAACAAUAUGAAAUAUAAAUCAGUAUAUAAGAAUGUGACUCUACAUGUUCCAGUGGGACUAACUAUACAUACCUCUUUAGUAUGUUCUGUAACUCUGCUUGUUACCAUCCUGUGUUCCACUUUGAUCCUUGUAGCUGUUUUCAAAUAUGGUCAUUUUUCCCUAUAAGUUUUAUGCUAUUAAAUGCAUUCCAUAAACCUAUGUAAGAUCUGGUCAUUUGUGACUAAAGGUGUUUUUCUAGAACUGUGGCAUUAUGUUUGUCAUUUGCAUUCAUUUAUGUCUAAAAUUAUGUUUACCAGAGGAAAUUUUGGAUCAUUCUCAACUAAUUCCAAAAUUCAAUUCUUUGUUGGGUAGACUUUUGAAAAUCCUCAAGCAUCAAGGGCCAGUAGAGGGGAAAAAAAAAAGAGAGAGAGCCAGUAGAGGAAAUGUAAUUCUGUUAACUUAAUAAUUUACUUUGUAAAAGCAACUUUUUUCAUUUGGGUUAGAAAAAUAAGUUCUUUAUGUAGUAGAGACAAAUUAUUCUCAUUUUGUAGAUAGAAACAUACCUGUUUAAGCUAAAAAUUGAGGAAAUCAUUAUAAAUAAGUAUAAAAUAAUUUAAAUUAAUAAGAGGUUUAUUUAAACAUUAAAUUCAUGAGAAUAUUACAUCACUUAUCCAGAGUUUCUUUUUUGUGUGUGAAGAAGUAAUAGGGUGUAGGCCAGAGGUGUGGGGGGUGAGAAGAGUCACCAGAGACAGUGGGGAGCAAAACAGGCAAAUUUUCUGAAGUACGCUGCUAAGGGGAGCCAGUGGGCAAGACAGGAGAGGUCUGCUCUGCCAUAUGUGGAUUAGCUGACUGGGGAUUGAACUCAGGCCUUAGGAGUGCUAGCUCUGAGAUGUAACCCCUAGGCCCUUAUCCAUAGUUUCAAAAAAAAAAGUCUGAAAGCUAGGAAAUUAUUAAUACCAAAAUUGAUUAUUCCUUUAAGAAUUUCUAUCUUUUAUGUUUUCGUUUUUUUUUUUUAAGAUUUAUUUAUUUAUACAAGAACUGGGGUACAGGCCAGAGGCAUGGGAAGGUGAGAGAAUUCACCCAAGACAGCGAGGAGCAGAACAGGCAGAUGGACUGAGGACACUGCUGAGGGGAGCAGCGGGCGAGGCAAGAGAGGUCUGCCAUGCCAUGUGGGAUGCUCCCUGGCAGGCCGGGAAUCAAACCCGUGCUGCAGAGGCUGUGGACAGCUUCAUAGCGCGGUGCUCAAUUCACUGCGCCACUGGGGAGGCCCCUAUCUUUUAUGUUUUAUAAUUUCUUUUGACUAUCUGAAUUGACAAAAGGGCUUGGUGAAGCUAAGUACUAAGAUUUAGUUCUGAUUUAGUACUGAGUUUGCUAGAAAAAACAAAUCACAUU